AUGUGGGCUCAAAACAACACUGCUCGAACUUGGGCUAAUUUCGUCCACAAAGUUGAUGAGAAUUUUAUACCACAAUCAGUGAAAAAUGUUAGAGAAAGAGAUUUUAUGAAUCUUACUCAAGGCACAAUGGCGGUGGCCCGAUAUGAAGCUCGUUUCAACUAUCUAAUUUGCUAUGCUCCACAUUAUAUGAACGAUAAAACUCGUAAGGUACGCAAGUUUGUGGAAGGACUAAACUUAGAACUUCGUUUGGCUAUAAUUUCAUCGGAUGCAACAAGUUAUAGCACGACAAUUAAUAAUGCGAUGCGUGUCGAGUUGAAAAUGCGAGAGUUGAUUCAAGUCGAAGAGCAAGCGAAGAUAACUAAAUUUACCACCUUGAGAGGAAACCCAAGUCAAAAUUCCUUUUCAGGUCCAAAAUACCCGAGAUCGAGUCAAGGACGUUUUGCAAAUCGUAAUCCAAUGCCAAAUCGGGGCAGCACUCCCCCUCAUCCAGCGAUGCAAAUGAAGCGGGAUCCUUACCUAUCACAAGGGCGAAAAGGAAAGGCUCCAAUGGAGAAACAAAGCAAGCCUAAAAUCCAUGCCCAUGCUUACGCACUUGCUAGGAUGGACGUGACUCGGGCCAAAAGCCGUUGUAGAAGAGCAUGCCCAACAUUUAAGGGUUGUACUAGAGACUCUCAAGGAAAACAAACUAUACGCGGCAUGAAUGUGGUGUCUAAAGAUGGGAUUAAGGUUGAUCGAUCAAGAAUCGAAGCAAUAGUAAACUGGAAUAGACCAGAAAAUGCUACUGAACUUCGAAGCUUCUUGGGUUUUGCGGUCUACUAUAAAAGAUUUGUCAAGGAUUUCUCUAAAAUAGGAACGCCUUAA